UGUAGCUUGUGAAGAUGAUUGCUCUAAAAAUAGCUUCAGAGUGAGUUUGCAGUCAGGUCCAGUUUCAGGUCCUAGCUGAGUUAGCUUUAUUAAACUUUCUUUUUUUAACCACUGUUGCAAGACUAGAUUGAGGGUAACUCGUUCCUUGUUCCACUUGGAUGUUGAUUUUGGACUCCAAUAUACUUAUUUUAUCCAUGGAUAAGGGACAGUAAUGCCAUGGCUGAAGAUUCAGAGACAAAGCAUGGAGGAAACAAGAAUGGGAAGAAAGAAGGCCUCUCUGGAAGCUCAUUUUUCACCUGGUUUAUGGUAAUAGCACUGCUGGGAGUUUGGACAUCAGUAGCAGUUGUUUGGUUUGAACUUGUAGAUUAUGAAGAAGUUCUAGCCAAAGCAAAGGACUUCCGUUAUAACUUGUCAGAGGUACUUCAAGGCAAGCUUGGGAUAUAUGAUGCUGAUGGAGAUGGAGAUUUUGAUGUGGAAGAUGCCAAAGUUUUGCUAGGACUUAAAGAAAGAUCUGUCCCAGCACAGCCAACACCAGCAGAAUCCGAAGAGUCCAUUCAAGCUGCAGAGCAGUCAUUCGUUACAUCAGAGCACAAGAAUGUUGAAGCAGAACUGGAAGAAGAAAUCCAGGCCAUUCUUCAUGAAGCACUCCAUUCACAAGCCGGAGAGAGGCAUGAGGAAGGUGCAGAUGAAGGACUAAAUGAUGAGCAUGAGGAAGGUGCAGAUGAAGGAUUAAAUGAUGAGCAUGAGGAAGGUGCAGAUGAAGGAUUAAAUGAUGAACGGCAGAAGGAUGAAGUAUAUGAAGAAGAUUUUGAAAUUCCUACAACAGAUGACCUUUAUGAAGCAUUAGAAGAUGAAAUACCUGAAGUACCUGAAAUACCAAAACCAGUUCAGGAAGAAACUGACAGUCAUGAUCAGGUAGAAGAAGAGCAUGGAGUAGGUGAGCCUGAAGCAGUUGAAAUUCCUGAUCCAUAUGAAUAUUACAUGGAUUUAGAAGAGCCAGCAUAUGAGUCAAAAGUUCCAGAUAACACUGAAUUAGCACAGGAAGAUGCUGUUGAACAUCAGGGAGAACCAAAUUAUGGAGAAGGGACUGACACUCAAGAUACAGCGUAUGCAGAAUUGGAGACUGGAAAAACAGAAGAAACUACAGAACCAGCUGAUGAUGCUGAAAAGGAAGAUGAAACUGCAGGGGCACUUCCAGAACCAGUAAAUGAAGAUACAGAGCCAGAUGAAAUUCCUGAGGACGUGGAAAUUAAUAAAAAGCAAUCAGAGGGAAAAGAACAUACAGAAGACACUGUUGCUGCUGGACCUCAGGAAACAGAAGUUCCUGUUGCGGCAGAGAAUUACUCAAAUGAUGAUCUAGUGGGAAAAAGUAAAGAAACUGAACGGGAACAAAAAGAUAAAGCUAAGAAGAAACCAAAACUCUUAAACAAGUUUGAUAAGACCAUUAAAACCGAACUGAAUGCUGCAGAAAAGCUACGUAAAAAGGGAAAAGUUGAAGAAGCUGUGAAGGCCUUUGAAGAAUUAGUGAGCAAAUAUCCACAGAGUCCACGAGCAAGAUAUGGGAAAGCACAGUGUGAGGAUGACUUAGCUGAGAAGAUGAGAAGCAAUGAAAUACUGCAAAAAGCCAUCAAUACUUUUGAGGAGGUGGCUAGCCUGCCAGACGUCCCUGCUGAUCUGGUAAAAUUGAGCCUGAAACGACAAGCAGACAGGCAGCAAUUUCUUGGUCACAUGAGAGGUUCUCUGGUUACUCUUCAGAAACUAGUUCAUCUGUUUUCCAAUGAUAUCUCAUUGAAGAAUGACCUUGGAGUGGGUUACCUCUUAAUAGGAGAUAACAGUAAUGCCAAGAAAGUUUAUGAGGAGGUCCUGAGUCUGGCUCCAAACGAUGGCUUUGCUAAAGUACAUUAUGGCUUCAUCCUCAAGGCAGAAAACAAGAUAGCAGAGAGCAUUCCAUAUUUGAAGGAAGGCCUAGAGUCUGGUGACCCUGGCACUGAUGAUGGACGCUUUUAUUUUCAUUUAGGUGAUGCCCUGCAGAGAGUUGGAAACAAAGAGGCAUACAAGUGGUAUGAGCUUGGGCACCAGAGAGGUCACUUUGCAUCAGUUUGGCAGCGCUCUCUCUACAAUGUUAAUGGACUAAAAGCUCAGCCUUGGUGGACAGCAAAGGAAACUGGUUAUACUGAAUUGGUGAAGUCCCUAGAAAAAAACUGGAAGCUUAUUCGAGAUGAAGGGCUUGCUGUGAUGGAUAAAGGAAAAGGCCUCUUCUUACCUGAAGAUGAGAACCUGCGAGAAAAGGGAGAUUGGAGCCAGUUCACAUUGUGGCAGCAAGGAAGAAAAAAUGAAAAUGCCUGUAAAGGCGUCCAUAAAACAUGUGCUUUAUUGGAAAGAUUCCCUGAGGCUACAGGGUGCCGAAGAGGACAGAUCAAGUAUUCCGUCAUGCACCCAGGGACUCAUGUCUGGCCUCACACAGGGCCUACUAACUGUAGGCUGAGGAUGCAUUUGGGCUUGGUUAUACCAAAAGAAGGCUGCAGAAUUCGAUGUGCCGAGGAGAACAGAACCUGGGAAGAAGGGAAGGUUCUUAUUUUCGAUGACUCUUUCGAGCAUGAAGUGUGGCAGGAUGCUGACAGUUAUCGGCUGAUAUUCAUUGUGGAUGUGUGGCACCCUGAGUUAACACCCCAACAGAGACGCACCCUUCCUGCCAUUUAAGAUGUCAUUUCUGAUGUAAGAAACAGAUGAGGUUUAAUCUGUUGGAGUCUGCUAAUAUAAAUAGGCAACAUUAAUUUUGCUGGCCGUGUGGAAAGUGUCAGCCUUCUAGGGGCUAGAAGAUGUGAAGAAAUUGUUCCACAAUUACUAUUGGACUUACCUACAAAUGUUCCAUUCUGUUUCAUACUGAAAUGGCACUGAUCUGAUAGAUUUGCUUGUAGGCUGCAAGUACAAUAAUACUCUUGUCAGCCAAGGAGCUAUAAGGCCAAAUUUUCAAAAUGAGGAAUGUGCAAAUGUUUGUGACAUGUCUAUAUUAUGUGUACCAGUACCACAGACGUACAUAUGCACAGGGUCAGUUAGUCACUUUAUUGGCCUGGUUAAUGCACAAAUAUCUGAUCUGUACGUGCACUGCUACCUGGUAAUGACAUGUAUACAUUAGAUAUGCAUAAACAUUAGCACACAACUAGCUUUGAAAUUCUGUCAUGCAAUUUCUAAUCAUAAAUGUUUUAGGUAUGAAACAAUAUGCAUAUAGUAUCAACUGUAGAUAAUAUGAACGAAUGGUUUUAUUUUGUAUUUUUCUACAUGGGUAAUUGUAUUUUUCUAUCAUAGCUAUACAUUGAUCAUUUCCUUUUGUGAACCACUAAUUUUUUAAAAAUUAUGUAUAAUAAGUGCACCUCCAGCUUUUAGCAGAGGGAGGAACUUUACAUGAACAGAU